AUGCAGGUGUACAACACCGCCCUGACCCAGGAGGAGAUCAAGGAAGUCAUGGACCGUACCAGGGGGAUGGCGUCUGGACUAGUCGGUCACUGGCCACUAGAUUCCAAACAUGGCGCCCGUGACGUCAGCGGCUAUGGUAAUCACGGCGUGCAGUUCGACACGGAGAUGGCACAGGGGCCGGGGGGAGAGACUGAUGUCGAUGGAGCAUUCUACUUCAAAGGAGCUAUUGGCUCUAGGAUCGAGUUUCCCAACAACGGAGCCCUGGCCCCAACAUCCAACAUGACAAUGCAGGCCUGGGUCUACCCGGAGGGGCUAGCCGUCUGUCCGAUCUUCAGCUACCAAACGGACCUGAAGAACGAUCUCUACAAAUAUGGUGUCACCUUCUGGUUCCAUAACACUGAAAGCAAGCUUUCUACACAAUUCGUUGACCAGGGUGGAAAAUCAUCAGCAGAAGUCAAAGCGGAUGUGAUGACGGACGGAGAGUGGCAGUUCGUGACGGCCACCUACAGCAGCAAGACAGGCCUGGUGAAGCUGUACAGGAAUGCCGAGGAGGUUGCCUCCGAAGAGGUUGGGGUUCUGGAACUGGCCACCAAGUAUCCUGUGUGCAUGGCCGGCAAACCGGCAGACGCCAAUGGUAAAGAGGACAAGCGCUGCUUCAAGGGGCGCAUUGCUCACAUGCAGUCCAUAUAG